CACUCCAGGCUGCUCCAAAGUUGAUAGUUUUUCAUAUCUCCGCCCCUUCAUGCAUGUUAUAUAGUGAAACCUGACGCGGCAGCAGGCCUGUAUUUGGUGCCCCACGCUCUUCAAGAAACUGUCAUUGCACCACAUUAUGAAAGGGCGCACAGCUGACACGGAGGCCACGUCCAGGGUGGAGCCCUCCAACGGGCACAGCAGGCCGCUGCACAUGGUGCCCGGUGCAGAGGAGAAGAUGACAGAGAGGGGUCAGUGGGGCAACAAGCUGGAGUUCGUCCUGUCGGUGGCUGGAGAAAUCAUAGGCCUGGGGAACGUGUGGCGCUUCCCCUACCUCUGUUAUAAGAACGGGGGAGGUGCCUUCUUCAUCCCAUACCUCAUCUUCCUGUUUGCCUGCGGGAUCCCGGUCUUCUUCCUGGAGACGGCUCUGGGCCAAUACACCAGUGAGGGAGGAAUCACAUGCUGGAGGAAGGUCUGCCCUUUGUUUGAAGGAGUAGGCUACGCCACCCAGGUGAUCGUGGCCCUGCUGAACAUCUACUACGUCAUCGUCCUUGCCUGGGCCGUCUUCUUCCUCUACCACUCCUUCACCUGGGAGCUGCCCUGGGCCUCCUGCAACAACACCUGGAACACAGAUUCCUGUAUGGAAUUUCAAAGAGGGAACAGCUCCGUCAGUCACCAUGAGAACGCCACCUCUCCUGUCAUUGAGUUCUGGGAACGCAGAGUACUGAGAAUUUCCUCAGGUAUUGAUCACAUCGGGUCACUGAACUGGGACCUGGUUGUUUGCCUGGCCGUUGCCUGGGUCAUCUGCUAUUUCUGCAUCUGGAAGGGAGUAAAGUCAACGGGGAAGGUCGUUUACUUCACGGCCACGUUUCCGUACGCAAUGUUACUGGUGCUGCUGGUCAGAGGCGUCACCCUGCCGGGAGCCUCCAGGGGGAUCCACUUCUACCUCUACCCCGACCUGAGCCGGCUGUCGGACCCGCAGGUGUGGAUGGAUGCCGGGACUCAGAUCUUCUUCUCCUACGCCAUCUGCCUGGGCUGCCUCACUGCGCUCGGGAGCUACAACAAAUACAACAACAACUGCUACAAGGAUUGCCUGUGCCUCUGCUUCCUGAACAGUGGAACCAGUUUCGUGGCAGGCUUCGCCAUCUUCUCCAUCCUGGGCUACAUGUCCUACGAGCAGAAUGUGCCCAUCUCAGAAGUGGCUGAAUCUGGUCCAGGUCUAGCCUUCAUUGCGUAUCCCCGCGCCGUGUCCAUGAUGCCCUUCUCGCCGCUGUGGGCCUGCUUCUUCUUCAUCAUGAUUGUCUUUUUGGGACUGGACAGUCAGUUCGUGUGCGUCGAGAGCCUGGUGACGGCCAUGAUCGACAUGUAUCCGUCCACGUUCCGCCGCAAGAACCGCCGAGAGCUCUUCAUUCUGGCAGUGGCGGUGGUGUCUUUCCUCCUGGGGCUCAUCAUGCUGACAGAGGGAGGAAUGUACGUCUUUCAGCUCUUUGACUACUACGCAGCCAGUGGGAUGUGUCUGCUUUUUGUGUCUAUAUUCGAGACGGUUUGCAUCGCUUGGAUUUAUGGUGCCGACCGUUUCUAUGACAACAUAGAAGACAUGAUUGGCUACCGCCCCAGUCCUGUCAUCAAGUACUGCUGGCUUUUCUUCACCCCUGCAAUAUGCUUUGGUACAUUCGCCUUUGCCUUGAUCAAGUACUCACCUCUGAAGUACAACAAUGAAUAUGUCUACCCAUGGUGGGGCAACGGGAUCGGCUGGGUCCUGGCUCUGUCCUCCAUGUUGUGUAUCCCAGUCUGGGUGGCAGUGAAGCUGUACUACACGCCUGGAACCUUGCGAGAGCGAAUUGCUGUUCUGACCACUCCCUCCACUGAGCUACCAAAGACAAAGCAGGAGCAGGAGGAGCUGCUGGCCGUCUUCGCAGCGGACGGUGACAGCCUCCAUCAGAGACCGGCUUCUUCUAAGGAUGGCUACUCACCCGUUGGUGAGAAGGAGUCGCACUGCUAGAGACCCGUGAACCUUGUAGGGGUCAGAGGUCGUGCUCAGCUAUGACUCUGCCUGGCCCAGUCCCAUCGCUCUCUCUCUGCUAUACCUCACCAGACAAAGUGGCGAAACACGCACAGACGCAGGCUGUAACUGAUGGUAAAGCUGCUGAAGUGUUCUCCUUCGUACACUGGCCUCAGAAUACAGUAGUACAUUAUUACUGAGACAAUUUUAUGGAGAAUCGCAUUCUAUCUCAUUCGCUUGUGGCAGAGUCACAUGCACGUACUUUUGAACAAAUUUGGUCAUUGUUGUCACACAGUGGCUGAGCAUUUGUGUUUGAUUGUGUCUGCUUUCUGAGGAAGCAUUUUAUCUCUGUUAUCUCUUUAAUUAGAGAUUCUGACACUGACAUUCCAGUUACUGAUUUUAACAGAAGACGGAGAACCGAACGUGUCACACAGUCACAAAGCACAAAGGUUCUUUUGAAUGUGUGUUUAAAUGCACUUCCAAAAUCUAUGCAGAACCUAUGAUGUAUUCAACCCAAUUAACAUGACAGCUCUGUUUUUACUAUAUAGCAGUGAGUCAGCAUCACAGGAUGUCAAAGAAUUUGCCUUCAGAAUCAUAUACAUAACCAACAUGUUUUAAUGCAAGAUGUUGAUUUUAAAUUUACAUUUAGUUAAACUGACGUGAACUAAGCUCAAUUAAGCUUCUCCUGAUUUGAUGUGUGUAUUGCUUUUAUUUUGUUUUGCCAGGUUUAGCACAUACUACUGUAUAAUGAUAUUUAACAAGUUUUGUCAUUCUCCUGAUUAUUAAUAUGAUUUCAGUUGCUUUUGUCUUAUUUCUAAUGUGAAUCAUAUAAAAAGAAAAAUGAUUUGCCUGAAGAAGGCUGUUGUGACACUUAUAAUGUAAGCAAGGAUGACUGAAAUGGUUCAAGUCUUAUUCCAAAAUGAACAUUUCUCUUUGCCGUAUAAUAAAGAACUUUAGCUUGUGUUGUUUUGCAAAUGAAUCUAUAAUAAUUAAUUACUGAUAGGGAACGCUUUCACAUAUGUAACUUUUUUAUGCUAAAAUUAUUUUUUAUAACUGAAUAAAAACAUGUUUAUUUGAA